GGCCCAUUGUGCACCAAAUGAGUCGGUCUUCAUCGGGGCGGGUCAUAACCUAUGAAUGUCAAACAGGUUCGAAGAGGAGAUCGUCACUGUAGAGGUUCAAUUUUUAUGGUAGCAGAGAAAAAAUGGCUGCUCAAGAGGAAGUUAAACAACUGGCAGAGUGCUCAGUCUCCAAUGCUCUGGGGACAUGGGUUUUCUCUGUAGCUGGUGCCCUGCUUGCGAUUCCAGUGGGUAUUAAACGGAAAUCUUUGGCACCCCUUGUAUUCUUUGGCACAACUGGUACGAUGCUAGAUAUAAUUAUGGGUAUCAGUGCUUGUGAAAGGGAGCAUGCAGAACGGCAAAUGAAGCUUUUGGAAGAAGCACAAGGAUCUGCAGCUGUUGAUACCUUGACUGAUGCAGCCACUGAACAUUGAUGGCAUUCAGGUCGCUCUGGAUUUUGUCUUCAACUAAUAGCUGAGGUUCAUGACUUCAUGUAGCAUUUUGAGUACUGUUGGCCUUCAGUUUCUGCUUUACUUGGCUUGUAACUUGGAUAUUAUCAUGAGCAGAAAAGAAGGCAAAUAAUGUGUGGGGUGAUUGCACUUGUGAUGUGGCUUCAGAACCAUCUUUUUUCUGCUUCUUAAAAAGCUUUCUAUUAGUAACCAUGUAGAGAAGUCUCAUAACUUUGCCUCAGUCCCAAAUAAAUAGAGUCAUUGGCUAUAUAAAUCCUCACUGAAUUUGUCAC